CAAAAACAUUCGAGCAAGUUUCGACCUGUCUUGCAAUUCUACAGGUUGUUGUCAUUUUAUUGUUAUUUUUGCGUUGCGAUAGAAAAUUAUUUUCCUCGACACUCCGCCAGCCGCCACUGAGUGACACAGUAUUCGCUGAUCUUCUUUAGAAAUUAGAAGUGUAUCGGUUAACAUUAAGUAAACAGUUUUUUGGUUUAAGAAAAGUGAUAUUAUAGAUUUUUUCUACUUCAGUUAAUAUAGUAGAUUUUAAUGUGUUUCAAUAAAAAUAUCAAUUAUAUACUAUUGUUUUAUGACUUUUAGGAGACUUGUUUUGUUUUACUAGAAAAUAUAGAAGAUACAGAAGAAUAUGAUACAGACACUAGUAGCCUAUACGGCUACGUUGUCGCUGCUACUGGGUGUGCGUGGGCAACCCAUAGAGUGUCAGUUCGAUGACCAAUGCCAGAGCGGCUUCUAUUGCGUUUCUGAUGCUUUCGUCUGCCGAAAAUGUCUCAACUGCGAGCUGUUAAAGCGCGACCCAUCGCGUGCUCCCUCCACCUGUAUUAAGUCGGUUGCGGAGUGUGGAUCAUGUAUCAAAGGGCUUGUGGAAGAUCUGCGGGGCGACGUUAGUGCCGAAUGCGUGCAGCCCGAUCCGCGCGGUGAUGCGUCGUCGCCGUCCGUAUUCGUGUGGGUUGCGGUUGCCAUCGGCCUGCUACUGUUCCUCGUGUUGGUCGCCGUCAUUCUGAUCUGCCUACUCCGCAACACAUAUACCUAUAAGAUAUUGGCCUCGAUGCGCACGUCGGUGCAGUCGCAGGGCGCGGGCGCGGCGGCGGGCGCGGGCGCGGGCGGCGCGGCGAGCGCGCCCGAGCUGCCGCCCGCGUACGACGCGCACUACAGCGCCGCGAGGGCGCCCGAGCCGCCACGCUUGCACGACUACUGCACUCAGCACAACGGCGAAGAAUCUUCAUGGCCCUUCAUAAAGCGAGCGCCAUCCACGCGUGUGUCGGAAGCGCGCGAGUCGGCGGGCAGUCAGGCCGCUCGCGUGUACAACAACCCCAACUACGUGCGCGGCCCGCACAUGUCCUCGGCAUACGAUGGCGCGGGAGUGACCGCUGCAGGUGCGGGCGACGCGGUACCGAGCGACGACGAGCGGGACGCGUUCGUGCACGACGAGGACACCAUGGAGAGCACGUGGUCGCCCGCCGCGCUGCACGACGGCAACGGGAAUGCGGUUACGAGUACGAGUACUGGUGUGGUAGGCGGCGCAACUACGGCAGGCGAGCUGGCUGGACUGCUGGUCCCCGCACGACCUGCGCCGCUUUGUGCAAGACAGGAUAACACCAGUAGGACUGAUAGCAACAGGAAUCCCAGUGAAGCUCUCGGAGCCGGAGAGAAUAGCACCAGUGGCGCGUCGAACAGCAUGCCCUCCUUUAUCAUUAACGUAGUGCAGAGCAUCAACGCCGUGCAGCAACAGAACGACGUCACGCUUUGAACGUUUUUAUUUAGCAUCACAGUGUGUAACAGAAGAAAAACAUUCAACGUCGCUACAUGGCAGGCUCAGGCAACAAAAACACACACCUAAAGUGCCUUGUUUCGCUGUGCAAUAAUUACGUACAAUUGCUCAAUUUACUCAUCGAGAUUAUAAGCAUUUAUUAAUAUUGGUCAGUGGAGUGCUCCAAAUAGGUUAGUGAUAGUGCGAUUUUUUUUGCCGGUGUUUCGUGACUAAGUAUUCUGCCAUUUUUAUUUAGGAUGAAUGUUUUUUCCUUUGCAGAAUUUUUAGGAGUGCUGGUUAUAAUACCGACCUUCAUGAUUAUUGUGAUUCAGAGGAUUGUUGUAUUUAUUUUCUUUUAACAAAUUGUUUUUAAAUAAGUGCGAUAUUACUUAAUAGUUUAGGUGAAGUUACGUUUAAAUAUACAUAAAAUAUAAUUAAGUGUAUAAAGUUGGUUUCUUUGUUACUAUUAGAUAAUGUAAUAAUAAAAAGAUUAUAUUGCUCAAUGUACUGUCCCUAGAAAGUCAAUACAUAACAGAUCUUUGGCUGCUGAAGCUCUAAUCAUUUCUAAUAUGCAUAUUAUAUCGCGAGAAUAAAUAUAAAGUAUUUUUUAUAAAUAAUAAUUUAUAGCAAUUUUUAAAGCCUACAUAAUAGUCUUAAGGUUUUAGAGAAAGAAGUAUCAGUUCUGGUCCCUGAGUGCAACAAAAAGAACUGUACUCCUAGCAAUCAAUAUAUUUUUUUUGUUCUUAUUGAACAUUAAUAUAUCAAAUAAAACAUGCCUAAAAAGGCUAUCUGAGAUUUCCCUCAUUAUCUGUUAUUCUACAAAUUAUUAACAAUACCAAGUGUAUAAAAUAGCCAUAAUCUUAACAUAUUUUUUAAAGGAAUUUUAUUUUUCAUAGUUAAAUAACCGACGUAUUUUUAAU